GUUAAACCGACCAAGCUCGAGCUCACCAGCGCGCGGUGCACAAAAGGCCCCGGAUGAUCGGUUGAGGUUAAAAAUGACAAGGAAUUUGUCGAUGGGAAUCUUGAACACAACACACCAGUUUUGCUGUCUCUGUCCAUGUAUUUAAGAAGUGGAGCAAGGGAUUCACUCGAUCAUCCUUCCUGCUCAGACUGUGGGGAGGGAUUCACUUGAUCAUCAGACUGACUGGCAUUCCCGUCAUUUUACACAGGUGGGAACCCAUUGAUCUGCUCAGACAGUGGGAAUGGAUUCACUCGGUCAUCUCAACUGAAGGUACAUCAGGAAGUUCACACUGUGACAAGGCUAUUCACCUGUUCUGCAUGUGAGAAGGGAUUCUGUCGGUCUUCCCACCUAUGGGCACACCAAUUAGUUCACACUGGGCAGAUGCUGGUCAUCUGCUGAAUUUGUGGGGAAGGAUUCACACGGUCAUCUAACGUAAUGACAGAUCAGCGAGUUCACACAGGGGAGAAGCCAUUCAUCUGCUCGGACUGUGGGAAGGGAUUCACUUGCUCAUCUAAGCUGAAGGUACAUCAGAGAGUUCACACUGGAGAGAGACCAUUCACCUGCUCAGACUGCAGGAAGGGAUUCACUCAGUCAUCCCAACUGAAAGUACAUCAGCGACUUCACACUGGAGAGCGGCCGUUCACCUGCUCAGACUGUGGGAAGGGAUUCACUUGCUCAUCCCAACUGAAGGUACAUCAGCGAGUUCACACUGGGGAGAGGCCAUUCACCUGCUCAGACUGCAGGAAGGGAUUUACUCGGUCAACCGACCUACUGGUACACCAGCGAGUUCACACUGGGGAGAGGCCAUUCACCUGCUCAGACUGCGGGAAGGGAUUCACUCGCCCAUCCCAACUGAAGGUACAUCAGCGAGUUCACACUGGGGAGAGGCCAUUCGCCUGUUCAGAGUGUGGGAAGGGAUUCACACAGUUAGCUAACCUACAAGAACACCGGUCAGUUCACACUGGGAAGCGGCCGUUCACCUGCACAGUGUGUGGGAAGCGAUUCACUCGUUCAUCUGAUCUACAGAUACACCAGCGAGUUCAUACUGGGGAGAAACCAUUCACUUGCUCAGUCUGUGGGAAGGGAUUCACUUGGUCAUCUCUUCUACAGAUACACCAGCGAGUUCACACUGGGGUGAGACCAUUCACCUGCUCAGACUGUGGGAAGGGAUUCACUUGCUCAUCCCAACUGAAGGUACAUCAGCGAGUUCACACUGGGGAGAGGCCGUUCACCUGUUCAGACUGUGGGAAGGGAUUCACUUUGUCAUCUCACCUAGUGAGACACCAGUCAGUUCACACUGGGGAGAGGCCGUUUACCUGCUCAGUCGGUGGGAAGGAAUUCACUCGGUCAUCUCAACUACAGAGACACCAGUCAGUUCACACUGGGGAGAGGCCAUUCACCUGCUCAGUGUGUGGGAAGGGAUUCACUCAGUCAUCUCAUCUGCAGAGACACCAGCGAGUUCACAGCAGGUGGAGGCCGAUCACCUCAGAUUGUGGGAAGGGAUUCACUCGGUCAUCUUGCCCACUGACACACCGGUCAAUUCACACUAGGGAGAGGCCAUUCACCUGCUCAGACUUUGGAAAGAGAUUCUGUCAGCUAAAUCAACCAAAUGUGCAUCAUUGAGUUCACACUGGGGAGAGGCCGUUCACCUGCUGUGAAUGUGGGAAGCGAUUCACUCAGUCAUUUAACCUUAUGAAACUUUGGCUUCGGCUAGCAGCUUAAUAUAGGGGGUGGUAGCCCCCCAGCCCGGCCAAACUUAAGAAAUCACGUUUGGGUGGAUGCUUCUUGAUGUGUCCCCUGUUACAAAUCAGUACCCCGAAAUAACAAACAGUACACAAUAUGUGAUUAAAUGAUUGAGCUUUAUAAUUCUUACUUUGACUAUAGGGUUAGUAAAGAAAACAAAAAAAAAGAAGAAAAAGGGCCCACUCUCUCCAUUUGCGUCUUCUCAUCUCUCCCCAGCAAAAUACAGCGAAAAUCUCUCUUCCAGACUCACAAGAAAGAACAACAUUUCUGCCAUGGGAUAGCCCCGCACUCCAAAACUCUGUUAUGUCUAUUCGUAACCUAAUCAUUGCUGCUACAGAGAAACCGUUACCUCAACAGUGAUACAUUGCAGAGAGGCCAUUACAUGAGCAGUGAAACCUUACAUCAUGUUACACUUGUGACACACUGCUGGCUUCACUCCGGGGAGAAAGUUUCAAUAAGCUGCAUGCUGGAUAUUUGUCGAUCACUGUUGCUGAAUGCAAUUUCGAGAGUGACUGUCGGUGCUGAACUCUGCAAUUAUUGCUGCUGCUCACCACACCCAGUUCUGCACCCAGGUCACUGGGCAUGGGAGAAGUUUCUUCUGCUGCAUAUUCACCUUUAAUGGGACUGGAGUUUAAUAUUCUGGAUCUUAGACAAAUAAAUCAGUUCUGUUUUAAACUCUGUCUUGGGUACUUAGUGAAUUUAUAACACAAUUAGUUUACUGUAGAGAGUCAACUCAGGCCGGCUGGACACUGCCAGUGAUUCAGUUCCACGACAGCCCUUUUAAAUCCUCCCCUGUUGUUCACCUCUCACUCUCUCCUUGUGGGAUUGGUUCCAAACAGUCACCACUCUGAAGGAUUUUUUUUUUUAUUAAGUGCAAUCGUGAACAAUAGCCAGAUCAGAAAUGCUGAUCAAGUCAACUAGUUCCCAAAGAGAACUCUGAUAGGCCAAUCAGAAGGUUCACUGCUGCUCAGCGAUAGAAUAUAUAAAAAAAAAUCAUAUGUACAGGUAAGAGAAAUUAAAAAUAGUAGAAAUACUGGAGUCAUGAUGAUCAUGAUGAAAUCUGCUGGAGAGAGACAUUUAUACACAUGCUUCCCUCUAUAAUUCAAAGUGAUUGAAGGAUAAGGUUGCAGGGUGACAGAAUGUAACAGGAGCACUUGGAACUAAAAACUAAUCCCUACCGGGAGAAAACAGCACCUGUUCUUUCCGCACUGUUCUCCAGCAGUUUAAGGACUAAGUCCAGCCGGAAGAUAAGUCACAAGUGCUCUUGAAAGUCAGGUAUUAACCCUACUUGCCAACAACCAAGCAUUGCCAUCCUGGUCCCCUUCAUGAUAGCUUAUGAAGAAGCAUAUGACUUCCCUCCCAGAGAUGAUAGGUGUUUGUGCACUCGACUCUUGAAGGCUCGGACCCCAUCGUCGCAGAUGUUUCCAACCACAGCAUCUGGAAGACUGUCCCAAAUUCUGAUAGCACAGUGAAGGAAGCUUCUAUCCAGUGUGUGGCUUCUCGCAUCAGGCAUAGAAACAGCCUGAGCAGGCAUAGACAAACUUGAUUGUCUGGUACGCCGUCUCUCAUAAGAUGAAGGCAGCAUGGCGUGAGGGUCUGCAGGACUGUGGCUGGCCUGCAUUUUGUAUAUUCUGCAUUGUGCAUUUUCAUCUACACCUAUAAUCCUGGGAGCCUUUCUCUGAAUGGAAUCAAGCUGGCUGAGGCCACUCUGUGAGGCAUUCAUCCAUGAUACUUUGUACCUGGGCUUUGUAAACCGUGGCCCUGCCCUCUUUGUCUAAUUUGGGUGCUACUUUCCACAGAGCUCCAAGCCUUUGUCCAGCCAUGUAUGAAAUAGUGGAAAGGAGUUUAUCCCAUACCAACUUGCUGUCAAUAUUAAUACCAAGGAUUUUGCAGUUACCAAACUACAGGUCGGGGUUAGAUGGAUUCCUCUUCCUAGACAUCACCAUUGCCUUGCACUCAGUAGGCUCAAAGGUGACAUUCCAGUCGUCUGCCCAGGCUUUCAUCCUGUCAAGAUCCCUAUUCAGGCCUGCUGUCACUAUAUUACUCUCUCCUGCUCUAAUUGAAGAGGUUUCCCUUGAAUUCUCUGCAGAUGGAGCAGGGUCAGAAGCCAGAGGCAGCUCUGCACAGGGCAGAGUUUGGGGCUCUGGAUGAUGGUCGGGGCAAGAACAUAUGAUGAGGAGAAGGGAAUCAGCAGCGGGGUGUGUCAACUGAUGACAGAGUAGCAACAUUUGGAAGCUGACUGGCAGAGAAAGUCUUUCGGUUUUCUGACUGAUGAUACAAACAAUACCCGUGGUGUCGUGCUCCACUGAUCGAGGAACAUCUGUUGGUUGGGAAUGGUUUUAUCUGUUGAGGGAGUUGUUCCUGCUUGUAUUGAUUAUCACAUAAUUGUUAAUAUUUUGACUGUAAAACUGGAUCAGGCUUGAAUUUAUGGUGCCUUUAUGAUGUGACAGAGGGCAUUCAUGAGUGUGUAUUUUAAAGCAAGAUUUUGGUGAAUGAUAUGUGCCACUUGAUUGUACCUUUGUAAGUAAUCAGAUUGAGUUAAACUGCAACAGGAUUGUUUCUGGUUUCUCUAGCGUUUUCUGCACUUACUACUUUGUAUCUCAAGUAUUUUUGAUUUUUUUUUUCUUUCCUUUCGUUAACCACCUUGUCCUGUAUUUCUGCAAGGAACCCCUCUGUUUCUGGGAAGAGGUUUCCAACUCUCAGUCAGGUGCUCGAUGCUUCCUUGUCAACAUCUCGUCUGUUCAGGUCGUUGGGAUGUCUCCCAUGGAGGGUCAUACUCAUUCCACUGGUUAAUGUUUUCUUCCCUAGUGAUGAUUCAUUUUUCUGAGUUGGGCUCUCAUUUAAGUUUUCUGGUCUGUAUUUCUUACCACGAUUGCAGAUACACACAUGGAGUGCUGAAUCCUGUUCAUUUUUGAUGAUAAUAUAUACUUAAAAGUGUUAUCUGACUGUGUGUUUUCCUUUUUCUUUCAUGUCUGUUAUUCCUCUUCCUCCUUCUGUCCAAGGUAGUG